AUGGAGACUGAUCCAACCAUAGUUGAGUACACCGCGGGCCAUGAGCGCUACAGAUGUGGAUACUGCGGGUCCAAGGACACAAACUACUCGCAUGGCAUGUGGGCUCACCAAAUGACUGUCGCAGAUUAUCAGGCUUUGAUUGACAGAGGAUGGAGAAGGAGUGGUAUGUACUGCUACAAGCCCACAAUGAACCUAACCUGCUGCCCACAGUACACAAUCAGAUGUCACCCUCUUGAAUUCAAACUCAACAAAUCUCACAAGAAAGUUAUAAAGAGGGUGAACAAGUUUCUGAUUUCGGGAGUGAAGCCAGGACACGACAGCGAAGCAAGCAGUAAGGAGUAUGAAGGCAUUGAUAUGGUGGAAAGGAAUGUAAAAGAUGCGGAAAGUGCUAUGGCCCAAAAGACAAAACCUAGUGAAAUUGUUUUACCACAUGGUGGCAAGAAGACAAUGAAGAAUCCCAAAGGGAGUGUGAGUGAAACAACAUUCCAGACAUCAAAUUCAUCUCCAUCAAUACCGACAGGAAGUAAAUCAGCUGUAAUAUUGUCACAAGAGGAUAGAGAGAAGCAGAACGAGGGGAGCAACUCGAGGUGCACCCCAACACCAGGUACAGGGCCAGAUCCCAGCAAACCAAAAUGUAAAAAAGCAAAAGAGAUCAGAGCAGAACGAAGGAUGAUGAAACAGUCGCAGAUUGGGGACAGUGAAACUAAGCAGAAAAAGCAAAAAUCAAGUAGAGAGAAAAGCCUGGAAGAUUUCCUUAGAGAACCGGAGCAUGUAGAAAAUCCUGCUCACAAGUUGGAGAUUGCUCUGUGCCGCACUGCACCAGAAUCUCUUCAGUUCCGUCUGAGUUUCCAUGAAUCCUAUGCUGUUUAUCGCGCAUAUCAGAUGGCUGUGCAUAAAGACCCCCCAGAAGAGUGUGACAAGUUUGGUUUUAAAAGCUUUCUGGUGGACUCCCCACUAGAGGAAAAGUAUGACAACAAUGGACCUCCAGAUGGGUAUGGUUCCUUUCAUCAGCACUACCUGCUGGAUGGCAAGCUGAUAGCAGUGGGAGUGGUCGACAUCCUUCCUUCGAGUGUCUCAUCUGUGUAUCUAUACUACGAUCCUGAAUAUAGCUUCCUGGGUCUUGGGGUGUACUCGGCUUUGAGAGAAAUUGCCCUAGUUAGAGAGUUGAAUCUCUCGGCUCCAGAUCUGAAGUACUACUAUAUGGGUUUCUACAUUCACAACUGUCAGAAGAUGAGGUACAAGGGCCAGUACCGACCUUCUUUUCUGGCCUGUCCUGAAACAUAUGAGUGGGUGCCCAUAGAAAAAUGCCGCCCUAAGCUGGAUGUGAAUAAGUACUGUCGGCUGUCAGAAUCUGGCACUGAUAAAGAACAAGAUUUUGAUGUCAACCAAGUUCUUGUGCUACACAAAGGUAACAUGCUGCCGUAUGGAUUCUACAAGGUGAUGACCUCCCAGGGCCGAGAUGAAGACGAGGUCAGGGAAUACGCCAGCUUGGUUGGGAAAACCUGCGCCGAGAGGAUGCUGCUAGUACGGAAAUAG